CCCCCCACUUUCACUCACACUUUCUUCAACCUUCAAACAACAAUCAAACAUUCACAGUCCAUCAAUGACGUCAUCCAGAAACCAAGUCUCCACCAUGCUCAAACAAGGCUUCAUCUCCGACUACUUCCUCUCCCCACCCCAACCCCAACUCGACCCGACCCGACCCACCACCCCUACCCGAUCCACUACCCCAUCACCCACUCUCUUCGAAAUGAUGGCCGAAGAACAAACCAGAGACACCCGACCCUCCACGGAGCUCCACACCCGGAUCGGGAAUGAGCGGGUUGAGGAUCGGGUGGCUCGGGUUUUAUCGGGGGCACCGUUUAGGAACCCAGGUGAAUGGGGGUUGGGGUUUGGGGAUGUGAAGCUGACGUGCACGGCACGUGAUGGGUUUAGUGUGGUUAUGGAUGUUCAUCGGGAAGUGUUGGUGGGGCGGAGUAAGUUUUUUAGGGAGAAGUUGGGGCGGAGAAGUGGGGCCCAUCAUAGUGUGGAGAUAUGUGAGUGUGAUGACGUGGAGGUUUAUUUGGAGACUUUGGUUUUGAUGUAUUGUGAUGAUUUGAAGAAGAAGUUGGUAGGUCAAAGUGUUGGGAAGAUCUUGGGGUUGCUUAAGGUAUGUGAUGCAUUGAAAUUUGACGAUGGGAUAUCAUCAUGUCUAGAAUAUUUAGAAGCAGUUCCGUGGUCAGAAGAAGAAGAAGAGAGAGUAAUAUCAAAUCUCAAUGAACUUCAUCUUCACAACACUAACGAAGUUUUACAACGAUUGCCAUUAGAGCCAUCAACAUCUUCAAAAAUCGACAACAUUUUCUCAAAAUUAGUCACAGGAGUUGUACACGCUAAAGACGAAAAAGCCCGUAAAGAAAUGAAAACCCUAAUCUCCCGAUUACUCAAAGAAGACAACCAAUCCGGUUCGGAUCAUAGUUAUUCCCAUAGUAAACUCGAUGUCUCAAAAGAAACACUCUACACCAUAUGUCACAAAUGUCUUACAUCACUUAUACUUUGCUUAUCUGAAGCAACAUCUCAUGAUGAAAACCGAGGAAUCAUGAGUGAAAUCGGUCGAGUAGCCGAUAAUUUAGAAUGGGUUGUUGAUAUCAUGAUCGAAAAACAAAUUAGCGAACAGUUUGUUCAAUUAUGGUCGGAACAAAACGAGCUUGCGAUUCUUCAUUCAAAGGUUCCAGUAAUGUACAGACAUAAAAUAAGCCGGAUUACCGCACAGUUAUGUAUUGCAAUCGGUAGAGGAAACAUUUUAGUACCGAAAGAGACCCGUUGCGGUUUACUGUCCACAUGGCUUGAAGCAUUGUACGAUGAUUUCGGAUGGAUGAAAAGGGAUUCAAGAACGGUUCACCGGAGACUAAUUGAAGAGGGGUUGAGUCAGAUUAUUCUUACAUUGCCGUUAUCGAAUCAAGAAGCUUUUUUGAUGAGUUGGUUUAGUCGUUUUCUUGAAAAAGGCGAUGAUUGCCCGAAUAUACAACGAGCGUUUGAGAUAUGGUGGAGAAGGGCAUUUGUAAGGCAGCCGGUGACUGAGCCGCAGUUGCAGAUAACUGUGUGUGAUUACCCGACUUGAUUAUGGCUUUGUAAGUUUUGCGUUAGUUUUUGAAGGUCUUAAGAAACAAUAUUGUGCAUAUGAAGAGGUUUGUUGUUGUUUUACAUCAUAUUUGUAAUUGUGUUAUUUGGUAUUUUUGAUUUUAGUACAAGUUUAUUUGGAGAUCAUAGUCUCCUUUUUUUUU